UGUAGACAUAUUUACGCUCAAUUUUCCGUUUUCGCUGUAACAUUAUUUCUCGGCAAAGCUUGUUGCGUGCGCGUCGUGUCUAUAACUGAGACAUGCUAGCAUCUGAAAAAAGAUACCAAAUUAUAUAGAGGCUAUAUACACAGUUAGAAAAUGCAUCUGAAAACGGAGCCAAGCACAGCCAAAACGCAGCCAAAGCACCAAUUGGAGGGAGGCGACGGAGCUGUCCACGAGAUGAGAGAGUUCAAUGACCUGAUGACCUGUCGCAUCUGUCAGGGUUAUAUGAUAGAGCCGACAACCGUUGACUAUUGUUAUCACACAUACUGUCGCAGUUGCAUAUUGAAGCAUUUGUUGCGCGAUGUUUACUGCCCACAGUGCAAGGGCAGCGGUGGCAAGCAGAUCAGCGAGGAUAAUCUCAGAUCCGAUGACACAAUGCGCGCCCUGAUUUAUAAACUGGUGCCGGGUCUCUAUCAGCGCGAAUGCCAGCGUCUCGUUGAGUUCGAGGAGCAGCACCGGGAGCUGGUUGAGGAUGCGGAGGAUGUGCUCGGGCCACAGCAGCAGCACCAGGAACAGGAGUUCUUUACGCCCGGAGAGCCUAUUAGUUUAUCCCUAGAAUAUCAUCCUGCAAUGCUGAAACAGUGCGGGGCUGGCGAAAAGCCGCCCGUCUGCUAUCUUCAGUGCCCCGCCGACUUGAGGGUUGUGCAUCUGAAGCGGUUUCUCUGCUCCAAGUACGACAUCGAUGCGGAGAACAAACAUGUCGAGGUCGAGGUCACGUAUGAGGAUGAGGUUUUGCCGCCCAGCUUUACGCUGAUGGACGUCGGCUAUUGUUACCAGUGGAAGCGGCAUGCGCCGAUGGCAUUUCGAUAUAGGAUUUUGCUUUACGAGUGCGCGACAAUAAAAAACGAUGAGAACAAUUUGUCAAAGGUUAAGCAGGAUAUUGAGUUGAGUUCGACUGCUGCUGCCCACACAGCUGCCGCAAAGAGUGGCAAGUCGGUGACCUUUGCGGAUGAUGUCGAAUCGCAAUCGCAGUCGCGUCUGCUGCCAGCCACAAGCAAAUCGACGCGCAGCAAAUCCACAACGAAACUGGCCAAAAGCAAGCAGCGCACCCAAUCCCAAGCGGCAACCAACAAGCGGGAACAGCAGGAUGACCCAGCCUAUGCCCCCAGCAAUUUCAAGAGUCUGCGCAGCAACGAUAUGCGCUACUGCGACUAUGGCGUCAGCAACUCCUCCAGCUCCAAUUCCAGCACCAACUCCAGUUCGAGCUCAGCUGCAGCGCCAGCUCCAACUCCGGCUCCAACACCAGCGCCGCUGUUGCGUGUGAAGAGCGAACCGGAGCCGGAGGAGCUGGCGGGCAAUUGCAAGCCAAACUUUGUGGUCAGCAUACCGCAAUCGCAGCUGAGCAAAUCCGCUGGCUAUGCCGAUGAGGGCGGCUUCGAGCUGAAGACGGCCAACAAGAAGUCGCCGCAGUCGCAUCUGCCCAAGCUCAAGAUCGAGCUGAACAGCAUGAGGGCCAAGCUAACCAUGCCCAAGUGCGGAGCGCGCUUGGAGCAGUCGUGCGAGGUGCUGCCGCAUCAGCAGCUCGAUCUGGAGACAUAUGCCAAAAAUAUUGGACUCAAACCGAUUGAGCCGACAACAGCAACAGCAGCAGCAGUCGGAGCAGCAGCAACAGUUGCUGUCGUUACCAGUCCGCAGGAUGCACUCAAAUACAGUCCAAAUGCAUCGCCAAUGAGUUCGUGCUCCUCCUCGACCAAUGGCUCCAAUGGCACUGCCGAUGCGAGCACCUCUACCUCGAUGUCUACCACAUCUUCCACAUCCUCCUCGCAUCGCAAGCGCAAGAAGAAGCACUCGAAGGAGCCAAAGGAUGCGAAUGGCAAGCGCAAGAAACUCCAUGCGGAAAUCUCCUCGCAAACGGAUGGCAAAAUGAAGAUGAAAAUAACCACAACGCAUAAUCACAAGGCGCACAAGCUGGACUUGAAGCGCUCCCACUCGCUGGCCGGCGGUGAGCUGGCUGCCCUGCAUCAGCUGAAGCUGCAGGAGCAACAGCAGGCAGCCGCUGUGGCGACCGUGUCCAGCCAGCAGGAUGCACUCAAUCGCACGCUGGGCGAGGAGGCGCGCAGCAUUAACAGCCUGAUGACAGCCAACACCAACUCCAAUUCGAACUGCAACACAGCUGUUGCUGCUGGUGUUGCUGGUGUUGCUGCUGUUGCUGCUGCUGCUGUUGAGAAGAAGGAGCUGAAAUUGCCCGCCUCCCCGCCGCUGCCGCCCAGCCUAUUUAAGGCCUUCAAAGCAACAGCAGCUCCAACAACAGCUUCAAUAGUUGCGCCUCCUGCUACAGCAGCAGCAGUGGCAGUGGCAGCAACUGCUGCAGUAGCUGCCCCUGUUGCCGCACCCAUAAAGUUGAAGCCUGCGCCACAGCAACUGCAGCCCAAGCCUGCCAAGCCGUCGCAGCUCACCAACAACAACAACAACAAUAGCAGCAACAACAACAACAACAUUCGCAAACCAACUUUGAUGCCGCACUUUGUUGUGCCACAGACGCCGAUGCGUCAAGCGCCGCUGCCGCCGCAUCAUAUGCAACGUUACCUCUCCACGCCCAGCUCGAUAGCCAGCGCUGCCAACAAGCAGCCCAAACGCUCGCUAUCCCUGGACGAGACCCAGCAACAGUUGCUGCUCGCAAAGCAGCCGCGCCUCGACUACCAGCAGCAGCAGCAGCAGCAGCAGCAACAACAGCAGAUAAACAAGCUAAAUGCCGCCAACAAAGCCAAAAGCUAUGCGCCACAGAUGCGUCUGUAUGGACCGGAGCUGGCCAAGACGACGACGACGACGAUGAGCAGCAACAUGCCCAUGCUGUGCCCCGCCGGGUUGAGUCUGACGCUGCCACAGUCAACGCUGACUAUAACGCCGAGGCCGAGCAACAGCGGCCAGGCGAGUGCCUUGCAUGGCCUGACUUAUCCCUACACGGAGACCACACUGCCGGCGCUGGAGAUUGUGCGUCUGGGUGCGGGUGCAACGGCGGCGGGGGCACGUCUAAUGGGUCCACCUGUUGGUCUGCCCAGGCAGAAUACGAAGCGUGCCUCAGCCUCAGCCUCAGCCGCGGCCGCGGCACAAUCGCCGCCGUUGUCCAUGCCGGCAAUGGUGAAAUCGCCUCCAUUGUCGGUGGCGCUCAGUGCGCAACGAGGCAGCAACAGCAACCUGAACAACAACAGCAGCAACAGCAACAACCUGAACCUGAACAACAAUGCUGCUUAUCGCACAUCGCCACCAGCCUUAAUCAAUCUGCGCAGUCCGUUUCCAGCCAAAGCCAAAGCUGAAGUGAAUGCUAAGAAAACAGUUGCUGCGGUCGCAGCAGCAGCAACGGCAGCAGCAGCAGCACAAGCAGCAGCAACUGUUGCCAAUGGCGCAGCGCAACUGUUGGACAAGUCGAAAACAACUUUGCGCGAAUUUCGGCCACCACCAACAACAACAACAACAGCAGCAGCAGCAGCAACAGUAGCAGCAUUGACAACAACAGCAACUAGCACGACAGCGGCAACGGCAGCAACAAUUGCCAAGGAUGCUGACAUACUUGAUUUAUCAGCAGGCACAGGACGCAACAUCAACAGUAACAGCAGUAGCAGCAGCAACAGCAGCAGCAGUGGCAAGCAGACAACAACAAGCAGCAGCAGCAGCAGCAGCAGCAGCAAAAGCGCCAAGCAGCCGGCAACAACAGCAGCCUUAAGCAACAGCAACAGCAACAAUAUCAGCAGCAUCAGCAGCAGCAACAGUUUGGAGGCAGCGCUUAAUAAAAUCAAGCAAAACAUUUGCGCCAACAGCAACAGCAGCAACAACAAUAAUAGCAGCAGCAGCAGCAGCAGUAGCAGCAACAACAACAAUGCAACUGCAAAAGCAACUGCUGCUGCCGCCGCUGCCGCUGCCGCUGCUGCUGAUGAUCUGCAAAAUCUGCAUUUGCUGUCCGAGUCGGCGACGGCGCGCGAGAAGAUCUCGAUCUCAAAGAAGUGCGGCAACAUGUACGAGAAUAAGCCAAAGAAUGCGUUGGUGCGGCCACAGAAUGCAUCCGUGCGCAGCAUACCCAAUCCCUCAGCGUUGGCCUUUCGCAAUCAGGCGACGCCAACAGCAGCAGCAGCAGCAGCAGCAGCAGCAACAACAACUGCAACUGCAACAGUCGCAGCAGCAACAAUUGCAGCCAAGCCGCUAACGGUUAAGGCUGAUGAGCAGCACAAAGCGCCAACAGCAGCAGCAGCAGCAGCAGCAGUUACAACAACAGCACAGCUCAGUCCCGGCAGCAGCAACAACAACAGCAACAGCAGCAACAACAGCAGCAGCAACACUGCUUCAGCCACCUCGCCGCGUGCAAUAAAAAAGCCGACAACCAUCGAUCAAGUUGCUGCCAAUUUGAACAUACUCGCCGAGGCCAAGGCAGCCGCACUCGCCGAGGAGGCGCCACUUGUGCCACAGGCGGGCAACAGCAACAACAACAACACUGUUGUUUCUAGUGUGGCAGCAGCCAAAACGCCGGAACUGGAAAAAGGCGCCAGCAGCAGCAGCAGCAGCAGCAGUACGGCUAAUGUGGCUAAAACGGAUGCCAAAGCGCCAGCAGCAGCAGCAACAGUAGCAGCAGCAACAGCAGCAGCAGCAACAACAAUAGCAACAGCAGCAACAGCGGCAACUGCAACACCUGCCACACUCCCGCUGCCAUCGCUGCCGAUGCCAAGUGUGGCAAAUGCGAGCAGCGAUUCAAUGUCAAAGCCGCCUGUACAAAUUGCCGCCACCGACACUCUGGCAUCGGUGGCAAGUUCCGCUUAGUCACCAGCGUUUCUAUGGAUGUGCGGCACGCAAAUGUAUCUCGUGGCGCCACUGGAGAGUCUACAGCAAACCAACAACAGCAAUUAAUGCGAGCUCCAAUUCGAUUUACAGUUUGAACGGAUUUAAUCGAUUGAGAAUCACGGAGAAGGUCAGCUUUCUCGUCACUCGCCCACUUGCCACUCGUCACGUGUCGCUGCAGCGAAUAGGCCUUGCAACUUAACCGUAAAUACCUUCAUUUGACAAGCAAUAUUAACCCAAUUCGCACACAUACAACAAGAUACAAGAUACUUACACACAUCUGCAGAAACAAAUGCAAAAAAUACGCACACACACACACAUAUAUAUGUAGAUAUAUAUAUAUAUUUAUAUAUAUGUUUGCAUGCUAAUAAAUGUGCAAAUAUUUGCGCCUGGAAUUAGUACGCCUCGAAAUAAAUUAUAAACCUAAUGGAAAUAUAUAUAUACACGUAGUAUGCAUAUAGGUAUGUACAUAUAUAUAUAGGUAUGUAGUAUAUCUGCUAACUACAGCAAUAGCAACAACAACAACAACAGCUGCAAAAGCAAAAAAGCUGACACAAAAAUGCGAAAUAUAAAUAAAUAACCACAAAGCAAGCUGCUGUUGUUGUUGUUGAUUUUGUUGUUGGCAUAGCAAAAAAAAA